GCAACUUGUCAAUAAAAACAUUUGUGUGAAGUUCGAGUUCAUGUCAAAUGAGGCUAAUUUUUGGAAAUGUGAAGAUAUGAAAAUAUGAACCCCUUUAUUGACGGUUCUCAACCGUCUUUAAAACUAUGGGGUGAAGAAGAAACUGAUGGAGCUGUGUACUAUGUUUAUUUGAAAAAAGUCCGGUAUCAUCAUGCAACUGUGGACUAUUCAGAUCAGGUUUCCCAUCUUGAAUGGGAAACAGUCCGUGUCAAAAUGGUGAAAGCUGGGACAUUAGAGAAAUUGGUGGAAAGUUUAACAACAGAUUCAGGUGAACUAGAAUCAACUUAUAUGAAUAUAUUUUUGUCCACAUAUCGGUCUUUUUCCACACCAGAUCAAGUUCUAUCUCUUCUAUUGAAAAGGUAUGAACAAAUGCACGAGGACAACAUGGACCUCUCGCCUGAAACAAAAGAACAGCUGAAACAAACACUUGAAAAAGUUCUCUUAGUUUGGUUUGAUAUGUACCCUGAAGAUUUUUAUGAACCUCCUCAAUUUUUAACUCUUCUAAAAGUCAAGGAAUUUGCUUCUAAAUACGUUCCUGGCAGUCUAUUGGAUGUGAGAGCAAAGCAUAGAUUUUUUAAGUACAACAAUAAUGAAUAUGAAGAAAAUGGUAGCUCUGGAUUUUUAGAUGCAACUAUUGGAAAGAGAAGAUACUCAUUUCGUACAUUCAACUUUCUUGACAUUCCAGAAAAAGACUUUGCUUUACAAUUAACAUACGUAGAUAAUGAACUAUUUAAAAGACUCAUUCCUCAUCAUUGUCUUGGAUCUGUUUGGUCACGUCGAGACAAAGCUCGUGGUUGGAGUGUUACACCUUCAACAGUUACAGCUACUGUAAAUCAAUUUAAUGCUGUUUCAUUGCGUGUGAUUAGUACCAUUUUGUCAGAUUUGUCUUUGAAACCAAUACUACGCUCAAAAAUAAUUGUGAAAUGGGUUAAUAUUGCUCAAGAUCUCCGACUUUUGAAGAAUUUUUCAUCUUUAAAAGCCAUAACUGCUGCAUUGCAAAGCAACUCAGUACACAGGCUCACUAAAACAUGGCUUUCAGUUCCAAGGGAUAGAAUUGAAAUAUUCACAGAGUUAGCAAAAAUUUUCUCUGAAGAGAAUAAUCAAACAAACUGUAGAAAUUUACUGAUCAAGGAAGGGUCUGCCAAGUUUGUUGAUACUUUGUGCUCAAAUAACAAACAGUUCCAUAAAGGUGUUGACAAGUCAAGUCAAGAAAAUACUUAUACCAUGCAAGGAACCAUUCCGUAUUUGGGGACAUUUUUAACUGAUUUAACUAUGAUUGAUGUUGCUAUUCCGGAUUAUUAUCCGAAUGGACUUAUUAAUUUUGAUAAAAGAAGAAAAGAAUUCGAAAUUUUAGCUCAGAUAAAACUCCUUCAAAGUGCAGCCAAUAAUUAUGAUAUACAAGAAGAUGUAGAAUUUCAAGAGUGGUUUAGCUCUAUUCAAGUUUUUGAUGAAAAAGAAAGUUAUGAACUGUCAUGUUUGAUUGAGCCUCAAGAAAGCAUUCCAAAUAGAAAGCACAUGUUAGACACUGUUAAAAGCUCAGUUUUUAAAUGGGGUCAUCAAAAAUCAGAUUCAUCAUCAUCUGCAGGUUCAUCAAAUGGUUUCUUUUCUGAGAAAAAUUGCAGUGAGUCAAAUGUUGCCAAUUGUAUCAAAGAAACUAAUGUUAAGGCAUCUAAAUCAUAUUCAUGUCUUUCUCUUUCUCAUCUUUCUGCAAACCCAAUGCUCAAUGGAACAUGUAACUCAUCACAAGAGUUUUAUAUCAUUAAAGUGUCUUUGGAACAAAACCAAAGUGAUACCGGAGGAAUUAAUAUGUACAAAAGUAUUAUGCUCAAUAACUGUGACAGAACUCGAUCUGUUAUAACGUGUGCUAUGGCAAAAUAUGGAAUUGAUGGAGAUCCUGAGGAGUAUUGCCUUGCACAGGUGCUGCCUGAAGGAGAAAUCGUCAUUCCUGACUCAACGAAUGUAUAUUAUGCUGUGAAUCCUGCUCCUGAUUUGAAAUUUAUCCUCAGAAGAAAACAUAAAACUGACUCCAGUAGGAGAAAGAAAAAGUUAUUGUUUUAGUGAUAUUUUGUUUAAAUGUUUGUACAUAUCAUCUAAAUGUACCUUCAUCAAUCAAAUUUUAAUUUUUUUAUAGAUUUUAUAGAUAUAUGUGUAAAAUGUGAAGAAAAAAAAGGUUUUAAAUUUUGUAAAUAAAAACUGUUUACUUGUGUAAAAUGUGGAAAAAAAGUUUUAAAUUUUAUAAAUAA